AUGCCUCAAAGGCCCGUACUUCCGCCGAACGCCUGCUCUCAUCAAACCUGCCUUGGUCGGAUAUCUUCUCUUACAGCCUGGAUACUUGUCCUAUUGGCCUUUGCUACCACUACUUUAGGAGCCUCGGGAGAUUAUCUCGACGACGCCGAGCAAGGUGUUCCGGGGCUAGAUGCCUCCUUCGAUUAUGUGGUUGUCGGUGCCGGGGCCGGGGGUUUGACUCUGGCAGCUCGUCUAGCACAACACAGGUACAAAGUAGCUCUGGUUGAGGCGGGAGACUUCUACGAGUUCAAAUAUCCCCUAGCUGCGGUUCCAGGAGCCGGGAUCAUAGGAAUAGGGAGCGAUGUCAGCAGCUCGACACCCGUGGAUUGGCGGUUUGUCGCCUACGCUGUUCCGGGAGCCAACUAUCGCGACCUGCAUUACCCCAGAGGCAAAUGCCUGGGAGGAUCACCAAACAAGGAGGCAAUGCAAAAAUGGGCGGAGCUCGUUAACGACGAUAGCUAUACUUUCGACCGAGUUCUCCCUUUCUUCCAACGCACGGCUAACUUCACUCCGCCCAACAACGACGUACGGAACAGCAACGCCACAGCAUCUUUCAACCAGGGUGCGUUUGAUAAACGGGGCGAGCCUCUGCAAGUAUCGUACCCUGAGUUCGCCGUACCGUUUUCGAGCUGGGUGAAACGCGGUAUGGAGUCUGUAGGCAUUCCCGAGAUCCAGGAUUUCAACAGCGGGUCACUACUGGGCGCUCAGUAUUGUGCUCUGACUAUUGACCCACACAAGAAGAUCCGAAGUAGUUCAGAGGCCGCUUUCAAGAGCUCUCCAAUACCACGCCUGAUGACUCUUGCGGUGUACAAAAAGACAAUGGCAAAGAGGAUACUAUUCAACAUAGAGAGGCGAGCUACCGGAGUGGAGGUCAGAACGGGAGGUUCGAAAUAUAUAUUGCGAGCCACCCGGGAAGUCAUCGUGUCAGCCGGGGCAUUCCAGAGCCCUCAGCUCCUAAUGGUAUCUGGAAUUGGCCCGGCCAAUGAGCUGAAACAGCAUGGUAUUGAGAUUAUUGUUGACCUUCCAGGAGUAGGGAAAAACAUGUGGGAUCAUGUUUUCUUCGGGCCUGCGUACCGAGUUGCGCUCCCAACAAGCACCAGGAUCGCUACCGACUUUCUUUAUUUGACUGAAGUGAUCGUCCAGUAUUUAUCAAAUCAUAGUGGUCCACUGUCAACCCAGGGAAUUGAUUUCUUGGCUUUUGAGAAGGUCCCAAUUGAACUGCGGUCCCACUUCUCCGAAGAGACGAUCCGGGAUCUAUCUUGGUUCCCUCCUGGCUGGCCUGAGAUAGAGUAUGCAUCAAUCGCUGGAGCAUUAGUCGCACCCACAUCUCGCGGCAAUGUCACCAUCAUCUCAGACGACACAGAUGACCUGCCGAUAAUCAAUCCUAACUGGCUUGCAACCGACACAGACCAGGAAGUGGCUAUUGCUAUUUAUCGAAGAAAUCGCGAGAUUUUCCAUAGCGCGGGGAUGGAACCGAUUAUUGACGGGGAAGAGUACUUUCCCGGUGAAGAAUUGCAGACUGAUUCGGAAAUACUAGAAGUGGUCAAGGACACACUUAUGACAGUCUACCAUGCUUCAUGCACGUGCAAGAUGGGUGUUCGCAACGACUCGAUGGCUGUGGUUGACAGCCAGGCACGAGUAUUCGGAGUUGAUGGAUUGAGAGUGGUCGAUGCCAGUGCGUUCCCAAUUCUCCCUCCGGGACAUCCUCAAUCGGUAGUCUACAUGCUUGCCGAGAAGAUCGCGUCGGACAUCAUAUCCUGGGACUGA